GUGGCUGGCGGGACAGAAAGCGGAGAGUCGCCGCCCGGCCCGCCGUGGAUGGAGGUGGCGGGUUUCGUGCGGCGCCGGUAGUGAGCGGCGGAGCGGCGGGACCUCAGCGGGCUCGCCAUGGAGGAGAUAUUUCUUGAGCACCCGUUAUGUGUAAAGGAAAAGUGCUGGGGAUCAGAGCUGAAUAUGACCCUAUCCAGUUAGGUACAUACCUGACACCCAGCCACCCAAGCAGAGUGUGAAGGAGGGGGGCGAGAAGCCUCGGGGGGCGCGGAUGGUGGACAAGGCUGGCUGGAUCAAGAAGAACAGCGGGGGCCUCCUGGGGCUCUGGAAAGACCGUUAUCUGCUCCUCUGUCAAGCCCAGCUGCUGGUCUACGAGAACGAGGAUGAGCAGAAGUGUGUGGAAACAGUGGAGCUGGGCAGCUAUGAGAAGUGCCAGGACCUUCGUGCCCUUCUCAAGCGAAAACACCGUUUUAUCCUGCUGCGAUCCCCAGGGAACAAGGUCAGUGACAUCAAAUUCCAAGCAACCAGUGGGGAGGAGAAAGAAUCCUGGAUCAAAGCUCUCAACGAAGGGAUCAACAGAGGCAAGAACAAGGCUUUCGAUGAGGUAAAGGUAGACAAGAGCUGUGUCCUGGAGCACAUGACACGGGACCGGGUGCGUGGGGGCCAGCGGCGCCGGCCACCUACCAGAGUCCACCUAAAGGAGGUAGCUGAUGCAGCUUCUGAUGGGCUCUCGCGCCUGGACCUUGAUGUUCCAGACAGCGGGCCGCCGGGGUUUGCCCCCAGCAAUGAUGUCAGUGCACCCCAGCCCCGGGAAAUAGUCCGGCCCCCUAUGCCUCCCACCAAGCCUUCCCCAGUAUCCGAGACGACUAACCUUGGUGACAGAGCAGAGACCCCUUCAGGGGAGAGAGCCCCAACCCCUGUGUCAGCAAGCUCUGAGGCCCACCUCAAGAGCCAAGAGGACUCAGAGACUCCAGAGCAGGAGGAUGGUGGCUCUGAGCAGCCCCCCAGCAGGGUCCUGCCUGACACCCUGAAGGUGAGCUGGGAGAACUCCAGCCCCGAGAAGUCCUCUGACGCCGAGAGCACAGAAGCCCUCCGGGUGCCCUGUGCUGAGACGCCCGAGGCUGUGCCCAAAGAGGGCAGGAGGCCCCCUACACCCCCACCCAAGAUCCUAUCAGAGAAACUGAGAGCCUCCAUGGGUGGAAUGGAGGCUUCGGGGCCAGCCCAGAGUGCUGGGGCCUCUGAGACCCCUGCCCCGGGCCCAGCGCAGGUCUCAGUGAAUGGCAUGGAUGACAGUCCUGAGCCCGAAGAGCCACUCCAGGCCUCAGGAACCCCAGGAACUCCCCCAAAGGAUGACACAACGCCCACAGCACUGCCCCCCUGGGACCUGCCGCAUCAGUGCCAUCCCCGCUGCUCCUCCCUGGGGGACCUGCUUGGGGAAGGCCCCCAGCAUCCACGGCAGCCUGUGGAGCGGCUGUAUCGUGCCCAUCUGGAGGUGCAGGUGGCCUCAGAGCAGAUGGAGAAACUGUUGAACAAGGUGCUGAGUAGUGAGCCUUCUCCUGUGAGUGCCGAGACAUUGCUCAGCCAGGCUGUGGAGCAGCUGAGGCAGACCACCCAGGCCCUGCAGGAAGUCAGAGAUCUGGGAGACAUGAGGCCAGAAGCACCUGGGCUACAGGAGAAGCGGAAAGAACUGGUGACCAUCUACAGGAGAAGUGCACCCUAGGACUGCUGGACCACGACCUGGUCACUGCUGGCUGGCCUGGUCUGUCAAAGCCCAGCCCUACCAACACAUAUGCUUUUGCUCAGGCUGUAGAAGAGGCAUCAGCGUGUCGGGUUUGGCCAGGACCUGCAGAGACUCGUGGUAUCCUUCCGGCCCUGCCUCGGUCCUGAGGUGCCACGUGCUACCCAGGGCUGCUGUCUGGCCGUCUGAGCUGGCCUCUGGGUUCGGGCUGCGAGCAUACAUGGUUGCUUGUGUGGUUCUGAAUCUGCUCCAGAGCUUUGGCAAAGCUCGUGGGGCUUCUGGGGGUGGCCUCCUCUCCGCUUCACACCCCCAGUAGUUUACAUUCCUGACUUCUGAAGAGAGCACAGCUGAGCCUCCCUAUUCCCCACCGCCCCACCGCGUCCCCCACCCACAGCCUCCAUGUCCAGAUAGUCCCAGAUAGAGUGCCUCACAGCAGAGGCAGCUUCAAACCAUAACUAACCCUCUCCACCCACCUAGUCCAAGUAGCUGCCGAGGACUUGGAGCCAGGCUACAGGUUCAUCCCUCAGCUGAGUGAGACCUGCCACCCAGUGAGGGCCUCAGAGGGCAGUGGAGGCGGCUGUGUAAGAAAACCAUUUCCUGUGCAGCCUGUCUCCUAUUCUGUAGGCCUUCCCCUUGGGUGAGCUGUGAGCAGAGGACUCCAGGGUGCAGGAGGAACUCGAAGGGUCUCUUGGUCUAGUCCUUGCCCCUCGACCAGCGUGUGUCCAGCCUUGCACAUUCCUGUAGAUGUGAACCCCAGAAUGGCCCUAAUGUGAGCAUCAGAAAAUUCUGUAUGUAAUUCAUUAUAUAUCAACCUUCAGAAGAGGAGCCACAUGAACUUCUGUGCCUCCCCCGAUGGGAUUUAUAUCUGGGUCUCUGUGAUUCCUCCUCAACCCAAAGAGGCCCAAUAUUCCAGUUAUUUCUUCAAAUGCUAAUAGGGGUAUGUUGGUGCCUGAAACCACUUCCCUCUUCCCUGUUCACCCCUCUCUUCUAGCUCAGGCCCCAGAUGGACUGCUCCUCCUGACCUUGUAGGGGACCCUGGUCCACACCUGCACCCUGGGCCUCUCCUCACACGCUCCUGCCCCCCAGCAUCCCUGGCUUGGGGAGCACAUCCAGGUGCCAUCCUGUUGCAGUGGCUGGACGGUGGGCUCUGCCUCAGUCCCUGAGUGGCGCAGCCAGUCUCCCUGGGGUCUGUGGGGGUGGGAACUGCUUCUGAAGGCCUGCUGGGGGGUUUCUACAUGUGCACUUUUGUUUACUGAAAGAAAGGAGAGGGAGGAUCACUGCUGGCCACUCUGGCCUUUCCACCCCCUGCCCUCAACAGCCAGUUAUGCCCACUGAGGCCUGCCGGCUCGGGUCGAUGCUUUCUUUACAGCUACUUUGUGCUUGAGGGUGGUGGUGGGGAGGGAGGGGCGGGUGUCCACGCUGUGGCCGCACUAGUUAGUUAGGGGUGGGAGUGUGCAGCAGUGUCAUGGCUUAGGUGCCCCCCUUGGCCUCCCCAAGCCUCCCUCCUUGGACAGUAGGCUCCCAUGUGACAGUCCGCCUGUCCUUCCAUCUGUUUCCAGUAUGAGAGCAAGAAUGCCAUCAGGUACCCACAGUCAUGUGGCCCCCUGCCAUUUGGGGAACAACUUUCCCCCACCAGCACCCUGGGCUGCCUGGGGCUUUAGCUAAGUCACCUGCUUCCACGACUAGAGCCUCCCUUUUCUCUGAGAAGUGAGCAGGCUGAGCUGGUAGCUCUGGGGCCACCUUAGUGGCCUAAUGCCAUUGGUUCCUGCGGGGUCCCAUGCCUGGCAGCCCGGGCCCCAGGGGGAAGCCAGCUUUGAGGGGAGGGGAGGAGGAGUGGGAAUACGCAGGGGCUGCCUUGCCUCCCUCCUCGAGGAGGAUGGCGUUCCAUGUCUUCUGUCUGUGAAGCACCUUUCUUAAAGUUUGUCAAUAAAUCCCUUUUUAUGGAA